UUUAUAUUUUUGUUUUCACUCAUGGGACUGGGAAUUGAAUUUUUAGUUUUCAAGGGUUUCAUACUUUAUUUGUUAACCUUACUGGGUUGGUGUUUUGUUUAUGUUGAUUGUGUUCUGCUACUUAGUAUUUAGUUGUCUUUUUAUUUGCUAGUUGUAUUAAGGUUUGAGUCUUAACAAAUGCCCUAAUCCUCAGAACAACAUACAUGGUUGUCACUGGAUGGGCAAUUCUUUUUAUGUCUGGCCCGUUAAAUUCAUUUGGUGAAACCAGGUUUAUACUCUACACAUAUAUAGUUUCCAAAACACAAGGGUUAGAAGAGAUUAUGAGGACAAGUUGACUGGAAAUUUAAGAAGGAUGAGAAGUUCUCUGUAAAGUCCUAUUAUAGUUCUUUGGAUUGUUUCUAGAGAUCAUUUUCCAGUCAAAGAAUUUUGGGGUUCUGGGGCUCCUCCAAAAGGUGGGGUUUUUUUCACUUGGAAGGUGAUAUGGGAAAAAAAAUUGACAUAGAACAACUAAGGAGCAGAGACCAGGCUUUUAGCCAAUCGGUGUUGCCCAUGCAAGAGUGAUGAGGAUUUGGCCAAUCCUAUCCUUUAGUGUGUUAUGGUCAUUGCCUCGUAUAGUGAAAGAGGUGUUGUUAGGAUCGAAAGGGGAUUUUCUUGGGCAAAAAAAAAAUAAAAUCAAAGCAAGGCUUGGAGGUUUGAUCUAUUAUGUUUAGAGGAGCCAAAGAACUUUUGAGCGCUUGAGUAGUCAAUUCAAUUGUUAACGAAUUUUUUGUGCUUUGUUUCAGAUUUUGUGUGGAGCAAGUUAUUCACUGAUGUGAGAUUUUGUGGAUUCAGUUGGCUCACACUAAUGUGUUUUACUUUCCUCUUUCUUGCCAUUUGACAACCUCUAUAUACCUCCUGUGUACUUUACCCAUAUUUUGAUUGGUGUUUUUAACUAAAUUGCUAUUUUGCCUAUUAAAGGAGAAUAUAUGUUAUCCAGGUCCUGGUCAGGUCCAGGUACCAGACCCAAAUCUUUGUGAUUUUAUAGACCCAAGGAACAAGUGGAACCAGAUGGUGCCUUUGUUACCAUCCAAAAUAGUGCUGUGAUCUUCCCUGCUUAAUUGCUGUGAACUAGUGAUUUAUUGCAGAGGUCAAAUACUGUGGAAUAGCAGAAAUGAGAAAUCAGAGAUUCAGGAUUAUCAAUGAGGAAAAGGAUGAGUUGGCAUCUGUUUGUUCAUUGGAUUCCAGCACUAGUUGCUCCCCAUUUGAAUCUGCUUGGCCCACCUCCUUUAUGACCGCUAGUGAACAUUGUAUCACUGUGCAUGCUGUUACAAAGGCUUCUCCUUCUCCUAUAAUCUACUGCACAGAGAAUGCACAUCAUGAUAAACAUAUUUCACAUAUCAAAGUUUCUGAUUCAGAACCUGGACAUUCAAAGUCAUGCAGUGAGACAGCAGUAUCCAAGAAACUGCAAGAUGUACACAUAUCAGCACGGUUGAUGGAGGAUUUUCUUGAACUUGCUAGAGACAACACAAAGAAUGAUGUGGAGACUUGUGGGAUUCUUGGUGCUUUCCUUAAAAUGGGGACCUUCUAUGUAACCACUCUGAUAAUACCCAAGCAGGAAUCAACUUCCAACAGUUGUCAGGCUAUAAAAGAGGAGGAGAUUUUUGCCAUACAAAAUGAACAGUCCCUUUUUCCUGUAGGAUGGAUCCAUACACAUCCUUCUCAGAGUUGUUUCAUGUCAUCAAUUGAUUUGCACACGCAAUACUCAUAUCAGGUGAUGGUGCCUGAGGCUUUUGCCAUUGUCAUGGCUCCAACUGAUACCUCAAGGAGCUAUGGCAUAUUCCGGCUGUCUGACCCAGUUGGAAUGAGUGUUCUGAAAGACUGCCCAGAGGAGGGAUUUCAUCAUCACAAUGAACCAGCAGAUGGGGGUCCCAUUUAUGAGCACUGCUCUAAUAUUUAUAUAAAUUCAAAUCUCAGAUUUGAAAUAUUUGACUUGCGAUGAAGUUAGGUGUGUAUUUAAUGUGCGUGGUUGAGCAUAUUAGUAGGUAUAUAUGAACAAGGACAUCACCUUGGUCUAAUAGUUUUUGUAUAGGGAAAAGAGAAAUGUGUGUAUAUAUAUAUAAAUAGGCUGACACAUUCAACUUCCACAGGGAUGAUGCAAAUCACAUUUGCCUAUAGUUAUAAUAAUGAGGUGGUUGCACCUGUACGUCUAUAUUUUAUGAUUAUUUAAGGC